UCCUUGAAAAGUAGAAAUGGACAUCUGUGGUCCAAACUAAUUCGAUUGAAGUAAAAACACAUCGUUGCUCCCACACACACAGACUCCAUGGCUGCAGAUUUUGAAGCUUCUGCUUUAGCAGGAAAGCUGCAAAAUCUGCGAGAUGGCGACAUAAUCAUCUAUCCAAGGCUCAAACGCAAGAUCAACUCCUCCAUCUUAGCUCUGCAACAGCUCCUGCGCUCCUCCGACGACUCAGACGUCACCAGCUCUCGGGCCUUGCCCUUCAUUUACAGUGCCCAGGACACCGUCGACACGUACCUCCUGAGCAGAGCACAACAGCGACGAAAAGACUUCAUCGAGACAUACCCUUCGUGCCAGUACUUGGCUCCUCUAUGGAGCCAAAAAGACUUGGGCAAAGGGUUGAAGAAAUUCUUGAACGAUCUCAAGGCCUUGCCUUCUCACUCUCCCGAGCAGGUCAAUCCCGAAAGCAGAGUUCUUGGCAAGACCCGAGAAAAGGAUCGCUGUUUAGUGAACGCAAGGCGGUUUGGUCGCUGGGAUUCGAUUGCUCAUCUUUUGUACGAGGAAUCAAACAUUGUUGGUCAGAAAUCAGAGAUGGACGAGAUGGUCUCCGAGUUGAUGGUGACUUCUGAGGGCGCACAAGGAGAAGAAGCUUUGAGAGUCGUAUCUGUUGUCGGCUCAGGAGGCUCAGGUAAGACAACGAUGGCGAGGCGUGUUUAUAACAGAGUGGAUGUGAAGAAGCACUUUGAGUGCUGUGCUUGGGUCCGUGUGUCCAGAGAAUUUGUGUUCAAGAACGUUGUUAUGAGCAUAAUGGAACAGGUUUGCAUAAACAGGUUGAAUGAUGUGGACCACAUGAAUGAAGAAGUUCUUGGGGAGCAGCUUUUCAAGGAGCUGAUUGAUAAGAGGUACUUGAUUGUCUUGGAUGAUGUUUGGGAUGCCGAGGCUUGGCACCGGUUGACAAUUUCGUUUCCGGACUCAAAAAACAGUAGUAGAGUGAUUCUCACUUCUCGUGACGAUAAAGUGGCGAAAUUGGCCGAUCCGUGGAACCUCCCAUUGCAUAUGUGCAGCUUGACUAAUGAGGAGAGAUGGGAAUUGCUGUGGAAGCAGAUGAAGGAACAUGAAGUUGGCCUAGCUCAGCACAAGGACGAGAUCAUGGCAAAGCUCUAUCAUGGUUCUCCUCUAGAAAUUGUUCUUCUAGGGGGGAUUCUUUCGAACACGGAACCGAGUGAAUGGUCCAGGAAAAUAGACAAAUUCCCAUCUUGCCAGGACAAUUCGGCCUUGCAGGAGAUCUUGGCCUUGAGCUACCAAGAACUACCUCCUGAGUUGAGGCCUUGCUUUCUUUAUUUGGGUAUCUUUCCAGAAGCAUCUGAGGUACCGGUUCGUAGGUUAUUGUGGUUAUGGCUUUCUGAGGGUUUCCUAGACGUGUUGCCUGGCGAAGAACAAAAGGAGCGGGAACCUGAAGAUCUGGCAGAGUCGUGCUUCGAAAGACUGGUUAGUAGAAACUUGAUUGAGGUCACAAAGUGGAAAUUAGAUGGAUGCCCAAAAAUGUGCCGAAUGCCAGGAGUGGCACGUGAAUUUUUCUUUCCAAAAUCGGUGGAUUCAGGUCUUUUUUAUGUUCACGAGAAGUCGAGCUUUGGGCCAAGCAGCCCUCCUAAAGAACAUAAAAUCCGGCGCCUCAUGGAGCAUUUAGAAAUCAAGGACUCCCUGGAUUUGUGCAUUGAUCACAGUCUCCGCUCUUAUGUAUCUUUUGACUCCGCAUCGAGGGGCAAAGCCAAUACAAACAUAGGUAUGGUUCUCAAGAAGGUCAUUCACAAAGUAGGCUUUGGAUUGUUGAAGGUUCUUGACUUAGAAGGUGUGUACAAGCCCGUGCUUCCUGAGUCUAUGCGUAGUCUGCUGCUUCUACGGUUCCUGGGCUUGAGGUCAACAGUACUGGAUUCGAUCCCGUCUGCCAUUGGAGAUCUACCAUGCCUGGAAACUUUGGAUUUGAAGCACACUAAUGUCACCUCUAUUCCAAGUUCCAUUUGGAAGGCGAAGAAACUCCGGCAUUUCUACAUGAACGAGGUACACAUUGAUGCGUUUAUCCAUAAGCCAUCAAAGGGGUCUCUGACCAACCUCCAUACAUUGAGUGGGCUCUUUGUAGGUGACAAAAAGGCGGGGAUCAAUGGACUUGAUCGAUUAGUGAACCUCCGGAAACUGGGACUCACAUGCCACACAAACUCUUUAAAAGCAGUAGCUAAGUGGAUUGAGCAGCUGCCUAAUCUCCAUUCUUUGAAGCUAAGAUCGAUAAAUGAGUUUGGUAAACCGUCAAAUCUCGAGGUGAUAUCCAUGGCUCAACAUAGCAAUUUAUGCAGUUUGUAUUUGCUUGGUUCGGUGCCGCCUGCCAACAAGCUCUCCAGUUUGCUUCCACCAUACCUCAGGAAACUCACAUUGUCCAUGUUAAAAUUGGAGGAAGAUCCGAUGCCAGUGCUGGGGCAGUUGCAAGACCUGAGCAUCCUUAGGCUUUUUGCUGAUUCGUACAUGGGACCUCGGAUGACAUGUGUCAGCGGCGGAUUCCCUAAGUUACGCAUAUUAAAACUGUGGAUGCUUGAGGAACUCAAGCACUGGACCGUGCAGGACGGGGCUAUGCCUCUCCUUCAAGAACUAGAAAUCAGGCGAUGUAACCAAUUGGAGAAUUCAGAUGGACUUCAACAAUUGCCAAACCUGAACGAAGUUGUCUUAACCAAUAUGCCACAGAGUUUUGUAGAGAAAGUCAGGAGGAGCAGUGGGAAUAAUGUGUUUGUCAAAGUGAAUAAUUGGGAAUUCUCUCGUUAUCAGGGCAAAUGAACCGUCCGGGACGCAAGUGUUUAGGAUGAAACAUGGUCUGCAGAAGUAAAUGUCAAUCCUAUGUAAUGAAGAAUCUUCCUACCUGAGGAGAUGUGUGAGUGCGGCCAGAGCCUGGUGUGAGUGUGGUGUGAGUUGAGUGUGCCGU